CUCGUCUUUUGUGGCGUUUCAAGAUCCAGUUCACACUCGCCAGCAAUGGCGUUUUAAGUAACCAGUGUCUCAAGUCAGAUUUCCGUACCAGCUAUCAGUCAACAGUCCUCAACAGUCUCAAUCGGAUCAACCAUGUCUCUUCCAAAUGGUUAUCACAGUUUUCCAAUGUCAUACCCAACCCCAAGUCUUUCUUAUCACAUAAUUAAUGCAAUGAAUCACCUGUCAGCCUUUACCUGCAACCUACACCUCCUCAUGUCAGUAUCUGAACCACUGCUGCGGAAUCAUGUCUCUGCGUCGUGUUGGCCUCUUACACCUAAUGCUUCUCGACGAAAGCCAACAAAACGAUCAGCAAAGUGGCGUUCUCAGCGCUUGAAGAAUACAGUCGGAAGCUUUGAUUCUGCCCUUCGACCAUCUGCUGCAUCGUUCUUGCCGAGUUGUACUCCUCCAAGCAUACCUCAUGACACUCGUCCCAAUCCUGCGAUAACACCACCAUCACCAGUCUUUUCCACGCGUCCUCAGUCAGCAAUGCAAUCACUAACUCCACCUGCAUCACCCCAAUCUCUCGAUGUUUGCUCUCAAUCGGCACCCCCGUCACCGAUACUGACUGGUCGCGGUCGGCCUACGGUCAUUACGAGCUCCUUUAUACAGGCCCUUGACCUUGCUGACUAUGCAGCAUAUUCUUUUGAUCAGUCUCAAUCUGUGAAAGGGUCAUAACCCUUCGAACC